CCUCUCCGCUGCUGCGAGCCUGGAUCUAUGUUGUAGAUAGAUGGGCUAGAUGCCACACGUCGUUAGCCUACAGGCUGCCACGGUUCAAAGUUUGAUCUCCAGUUUUUUGCCGUGUUUCUUCUUCUUUUGGGGCUUUUUUUUCCUCCUCUGCUUGGAUACUACUGACUUAAGCAUUGGAUAUGUGCACACAAGAUGAUGACAACCCCUUUCCUCCCCGUAGAAGUAAAAUAAAAUAGGCUUUCGCACACACUGGAUUUACUCCUGUCGUUCCAUAUGAAGAAGUCAAAAAUUUGGAUACGCCUCUGUGUCCAUUUACUGCUGUUCAUCACGCUUGGGGUACAUUCAAGUAAAUUUGACGUCAACCCAGUGACAGAUGACAUCUCUAGACUCUCUAUUUUGAGACAAAAUAUUCCUAAAGAUUACAAAAUUCCUGUACAUUACAUUCCAAAAGAAGAGGGUGGGAUGUGUUGGGUAAAAUUAAACGUCUUCUACUUGGAGGAGAGUUUACAAGAUUUAGCGCAUAAGUUUGGAAACAUUUCAUCCAACAGAAAAGAUAUUAGCAUAUUCAUCCAAAUGCUCCAAGAACUGCGGCUCAACAUGGGGUCUGUGGAGCCGAUCAUGUACGAUUUUGAGUGCCACUACAGGGAAGAGAGGUGGCAGACGGCGCGAUACUUUGACUUUGUCAAAGACUUCCUUAUAGCUGCACAGAAUAGAGAAGAUUCAGAUGACUGUGAUCCUCCUCCCUGUCCCACCACACCAUACACAGUAACAGAAGAAUAUUUAAAAGCAUCACCCACGUCCAGCAGUAAAGGCUCAGACUGUCCGACGGGCUGCAAUCCACUCCCAAAUAAAGAAGCAAGAUUCCUGCCCGAGGUGGUGGAGCGAAGCCUUCUCUCCUUACUCUUCAUUCCACUCCUAGCCCUCGUAUUCCUGCUUGUGUGGAAGGUCCGGUCACGGAGGAACGAGGAGGAUACUCAACAGAAUCCUGAAGCAGGUGAACAUUUCACAGGAACAGAAUGGACUGCACCUCCAGUAGAUGAACCAUCAGAAAAAAACAAGUUGAACGUCAUUUAAACAGUGUAAUUCUUUUACCCUUCAAUGUUCUUCAGCGUAAUUGGGCUCUAUUCUUUUCUCCUGUUGGUGUCCAAAGGUGAUGAAAAACAAACACGAAGCUGAAUUCCACGGUGAGAUCUCAAGAGGUGAAAGGCCUGUUUCCGACUGCUCUCCAGAUUGACAAUGGCAGAUUCACGAUUGUUACCAUGACCAAGAUUUCUCCUGGUUCAAUCAUGCCUGCUACCGUAUGGAUAAGCUUUGCCUUUCUUGUAAGACUGCAUUAACCAACCCCCAUGCUUUUGAAAAAAAAAAAAAGACUGUGAGAUUUUUUGGCAGAGAGAAAAAAAAAAAAAACAAACCCUGUACCGCACCCACACCCACCCAUCCACCACCCACCCUCAACCGCAUUCUCCGGCUCCUGCGAAUCGUCCCAUCAGAAACUUGCUGCAUCAUGAAACUCUUUGGGGAAAGAGGCAACAGAAUGACUUAUUGAGAUAAUUAAUGACAAUCACUAAAGAGGUAGGAGUGUGAACAGGGCACGCUGGCUGUGACCUUUACCAUCAGGCCGCCCUGCUGCGACUAGCUGACACUGACAGAGGUGGCAGGACACAAACAUCCGUUUCUGUUUGUAGUUUGAGUAUUUCUAUCAUGUUUGUGGUCUUACAUUGUACCAUGUCCAUUCUUGGUUUUGUGCCUUGUUUGAUUAGUGUGAUUGACUCCAUGUGUAAAUGUCAAAAGCCUGUCUAUGUUUCUGUGUGGUAGCAGAAAGUGGAGAGAUCAUUACAGGGCAGAUUAGAAUAAUCUCACCACAGAAACCCAACAGAUAUUAUCCCCAAUUUCUCUCUCUCUCUUUUUUCUUUUUUUCUUUUUUCUAAAUAAACUCAAAACUAUGACAGUUUAGUCGGCUUGACCUGUGCCCAGUUAUGAUUUUUGGAAGACAAUUUCCUGGAAAAAGCAGUGCUUCAGUAUGUGAAAACUUAUCGGCGGAACAAUCUGCAGUGGUUGUGACAUUUCUGUCCACGCGUUACAUUUUAGCCUUUGUAACCUUUUAGGAAACAGUUCAGCUGGUAACUCUGCUUGUUUCAUGUGUAUUUGGGACUAUAUGUUGGGAAUUUUUAUUAUAGGAGACGAGAGUAUAUUGUGCUAAAUUGAAUCUGUGUUUGAGAAAAAAAAAAAAAAAAGUAUACCACAUUGGUGUUCAUAUAGUUCAGAGCAACAGUACCUUUCAGCAUCAAUAGCUGGAAUUCUUUGGUGUGGUAAAGUAUUGUUUGUUGUGUUGAACUGCAAGAUAAUUUUAUUCAUUCCAAAAUGCAUCUUUGAAGAACACUCCGUUUAUGGCGACAUAUUACUGGUGCCAUAUUCUCUAUGGCAGUUUAGAUCUGAAUCUGUGUUAGGAAAAAGUAUACCACAUUGGUGUCCAUAUAGUCCAAAGCAACAGUACGUUUAAUAGGAAUACCUGAAAUUAGCGAUGUAUUAAAGUACUGUUUUAUUAAAGCUUUUAGCCAGUUACAUCCUUUCAAAAAUGCAUUUUUGAACAAUAUUGGAACAUUCUAUCUAUGGCGGUUUAGACCUGAGACUUUAUCUUCGAUCAUCUUUAGGUUUUUUGCUUCUCUACAUGAAGACUAUUACGUGCAGUGCCCAGUAUUCUGACAGAGACACAGGCUAGUCUAGCCACAAAACAAACUAACAAACAAGGUAUACUAUGUCAAAAGUUGCUUUUUAUACAUAGUCAAUGAAUAUCAUGAGCUGCAACAGGUCUAAGCUGUGAAGAAAAAAAAUAAAAAAUAACAUGGUCUCCCAUUUUCCUGUCUAUGCAAGAGCCACAAAACAGUCUGUAUGUCUGAUGCAUGGAUGCCACAAACCAAGCAAUUUCAUGCAUUAGUCAAGCGAAUGACUGCCCUUAAAUACUGUUCCUAUGUGGGGGGUUAUUUGUGUGGUCUGAGAGUGAGCAGAGCUGCAUCCUGAACAGUGCUUUCGGGCUCAAGUGAUCCAAUCCAUCCCACUUCAGCGGGUGAAUCAGAUGGCUCUAGGCAGGAAAUAAGUCUGGGUGCCAAAAAGCAAAUGUAAUUAUUGCCCGGUUGGUAUUCUGGGAGAAAACUCUACUGUAUUCUGUAUUUUUGUAUAAAUGUAAACAAACAUAUAUGAGAUAUGAAUAAAGUACACGUAUCCAACUGUUA